AUGGACGAAAUCGACUCGGCGCCCCAAGACUCUUCAAUCAUCGAAGAAGCCGACACCAGCGUGCACGGCUUCAACAACUCCAACGUCACGGUGAUAGAGAACCCCGCCUUCAAGAAGCCCCCGUCGCAACAGCAUCAGCAGGGCGAGGGCAGCGACAGCGGCGUCGACAUCGCCGAAAAGCAGCUGCACAGCGCCCGCUCCUGCGACUCGUCCAUCAGCUACUGCUCCAACUACGACGAGGCCUACAACAUCCUCGUGCGCAAGAACUCCACGUUGCUGGAGGACUACAGGCGGCACCAGGACCUCACCAGCGACAACGGCAGCGAGAGCUCCUCCGUCAGCAACUCCAACGUCCGAACGCACCGCAGGAUAUCGGCUGGUAGCGGCAAAACUAGAAAUUCCGGUAAUGGCAGCGCCAAGGGCAAGCCUCCGGUUACUCCGAAGACGCCCAAAUCGGCGGAUAGAUUGCAGGGCAAGCAACGGUCUCCGUCCAAUCACCGGACGAAACUGGCUCAUACGCCCAACUCCAAACGAACCCCGGCGCCCAAAACGCCGACGGCUACAGUGGAUGACGGCAGGUGGCCUUCGGUGAACAGCAAACCAGCACCGCUAAUGUCCAGAUCUCUGAAAGGCACCAUCGAUUGCACCAAACAGAAAAUAACCCCGCAGGAUACUAAAACUAUAGAAAAAUACGCUACGCUUCCCAGGCCGAAAAAAAACGUCGACGCCAAAGAAGCUGCAGUCGCUAAAAAACCACUAAAUUCGCAACGCGCCAGCCUAACAAAAUCCAACUCCAGGGAAAUAACACCUACGAAAUCCCUCUCGACAUCACUCUAUCUUCCUAAAGCGAAAACCAAGACGAAAAUCUACCACGAAAACACCGUACAAACCGAACUCACCAUGACAGACAUGGCCAACACAGUAACAGACACCGCCUGGGAGAAACUCCACAAAAAACUAACAACUCUAACCAACAAAUACGAAUCCCUACAAAACGACUACAAACAACAGACUGAUCAACUGAAAGAGACUGAAACUAAACUAAGAGAAGAAACGAUGGAGAAAGACGGUCUCAAGGAAGAGCUGCACAAAAACUCCCAACGAGUCAUCGCCAUACUGCAAGGAAACGGCGAAAGUAUAACCGCCGAUCCCAACGACAGCCUCCUGGUGCUCGAGACCAAAUUCCAGAACGCCGGCCAAGUGGUGAUACGGCAAGAGGAGGAAAUCUCCAAGCUGAACUCGAUCUGCCGCGCCCUGCAGAUGGACCUCGACAAGAGCUCGGCCGCGCAGCGGUUCCUCCUCCAGCAGCAGCACGACCUCGAGGCGGAGAGCCUCGAGCUGCAGGAUUUCAUGCAAGCGGAGAAGACCACGCUGCACGACGCGCUCAAAGAGUCCGAGGCCGAGGUGCAACGGCUGCAGUCGCUCCUGCAAUGCACAAACAGGGAGUUGCUGGAUAGGUCCGAGGAGUGCAAGCAAUUGCAAAGGCAAUCCGAGCAGAGGAAGGAGGAGAAUGCGAGCCUGCACGCCAGAUUGGCCGUGCUGGAAUCGAAGAGCAGGGAGCUGAUCGUGCACCAAGGGAGCUCCGUGUCCGGUGCGGCUGUUGCUCUAUCGACUCUCAUCGCUAGAUUGGAUGGAUUAGUAGAAGAACUCGUUGCUGCUUACAGUAUAUCGGAUCAAGAAUUAGAGGAUGCCAUAUUCCACAACGAGGCGUACAAAACGAGCAGCAGCAGCCCCGAAUCGACGCCCGAGAAGUCCCGCAAGCUGUUCAUCGACAAAUCCCCGUCGCCCGCCAAAGGUUCCUCCUUCGUGUCGGCCGUCAUAAACGCCAUCAAGAGCGCCGCCCAAUCGCAAUUCACCGUCAGGGAUCUCAGCAAAGACACCCUAUCGACGGAGCGAUCCAGUUCCAACGAAAUGCUGGACUCGGAGACCGAGCCGUGCCUGAUGAUGGAGCACGUGCUCGAAGACGUCUACAUACCGGACGGGCAUUCGCAGAACCUCGUCUCGUCGGGGCACGGCAGCAUGAUGAGCUCGCGCCUCAGCCACAGCGAGAGCCUCAAAGACCUCAAUCAAGCCUACAUCAGCCGGCAGAUGUCCGAGCCGGCCAGCAUGAGCCUCUACGGCAGCCUGCACGGCGACUUGCUCUCGCUCAACGAGCCCCUGUUCGUCACCUCUUCGCUCGUCGAUCAAGUCAUCGAUGUCGACAAUCUAAUCACCAGGUUGUUGAAGGUGAUCAGGAUCAUACAAAUGGAGAACGAGGAUUGCAUGAACGAGUUGCAGGAGCAGCGGGACAACUUGCUGGAGCAGGUGGACAAGCAGAAGGAGACGAACAAGGUGGUGGUGAAGCAGCUGAAGGAUUGGGAGAUCCUGGGGGCGCGAUUGAAGGGCGAGGUGAAGGAGCUGAUGGGGCACUCGUCGAAGAAGAACAACGAAAUCGACGGGUUGAAGAACGAGUUGAACAAGCAGCGAGAGGAGGUUGAGAAAUUAAAUCAGGACGUAUGCGAAUUGUCGACGACUUUGGCGAAGGCCGAGCUGGAGAAGAAGAGGAAAGAGGACGAGGUGAACGAAGGGAUCAAAAAUUUGGAGAAAUCCGCUCAAGUACCGUCCGGGGAAAUUUUAGCGAAAUUAAUUUGCGCACAAAACGAGAUACCGUUACUUAAAGAGAAGCUAUCGGAGAAAGAAAAACACUUGAGGGAACUCACGCAGGAGUUUCUGGCCAGCAGGCAGGUUCUAACCGAGCAUCUAAAGGAUGCCAUUAACCAAUCCAAAAAGCAAUACAACGCCAUCGACAAUGCCUUAGAGGUGUUGCACGGGAUCCAAACGGUGGUGCAACAGUGCGCGCCGCUGGCGCAAUUGCAGCGCGACUUGGAAGAGAUGAAUUUCCAGAGCGCUUCUUCGAUCGCUCCGGCGGAUUUCAACGCCAACGCGGCCCUCUUACAGGCCGUGGCCAGUUUGGAGAUAGCGCCCGCUAUAAACACCACGGCCUAG